AUGGCCUGCUCUGGGGUCAUCGACAGUUCAGGAGAUCACCGUAGUCCUGUACCAUAUACCUUCAAGGGUGUUCUCUGCCUGCCAGACAGCCUGAACCUUCACAAAGACCAGCAAAGGUCAAACAAGCCUGGGGAAGUGCAGAUGUUCAGCCAGUCAGAGCUAAGGACCAUCGAGCAGUCUUUACUUGCAACGCGUGUGGGGAGCAUUGCUGAACUCAGCGACCUGGUGUCUCGAGCGAUGCACCACCUCCAGCCUCUCAACGCCAAGCAGCAUGGGAACGGGACGCCGAUGCAUCAGAAGCAGGGAUCGCUCUACUGGGAGCCAGAGGCUCUGUACACCCUCUGCUACUUCAUGCACUGUCCACAGAUGGAGUGGGAAAACCCCAACGUGGAGCCGUCAAAAGUCACGCUGCAGACCGAGAGGCCGUUCAUUGUGCUGCCUCCCCUGAUGGAGUGGAUACGGGUUGCCGUGGCUCACGCAGGGCACCGUCGCAGUUUCUCGGUGGACAGCGAUGACGUACGGCAGGCAGCGAGGCUCUUAUUGCCAGGAGUUGACUGCGAACCUCGACAGUUAAAAAUCGACGACUGUUUUUGUGCCUCUCGGAAACUGGAUGCAGUUGCCACUGAAGCAAAGUUCAAGCAGGACCUGGGUUUCCGGAUGCUCAACUGUGGCCGAACAGAUCUGGUUAAACAAGCCAUAUCCUUGCUGGGGCCGGAUGGGAUUAACAGCAUGAGUGAACAGGGUAUGACUCCACUGAUGUAUGCUUGUGUCAGGGGUGAUGAGGCUAUGGUGCAGAUGCUGCUAGAUGCUGGAGCAGAUCUGAAUGCUGAGGUUGUCAGUACUGCUCAUAAAUACCCAUCCGUCCACCCUGAGACCCGCCAUUGGACAGCUCUGACAUUUGCUGUGUUGCAUGGACAUAUUCCUGUAGUUCAGCUGUUGCUGGAUGCUGGAGCAAAGGUAGAAGGUUCCUUGGAGCAUGGAGAGGAAAAUUACUCUGAAACUCCUUUACAGUUGGCAGCAGCUGCUGGGAAUUUUGAACUGGUCAGUUUGCUGUUGGAGCGAGGAGCUGACCCCAUGAUAGGAACAAUGUACAGGAACGGCAUUUCCAUGACUCCACAAGGUGACAUGAACUCUUUCAGUCAGGCUGCUGCACAUGGACACAGGAACGUCUUUCGUAAGCUGCUUGCUCAGCCAGAGAAGGAGAAGAGUGAUAUUCUAUCGCUGGAGGAGAUCCUGGCCGAGGGGACGGACUUGCCCGACUCAGCAGCAGCUCCGCUCUGUGCCAGCCGCAACAGCAAGGCCAAGCUGAAAGCCCUGAAGGAGGCCAUGUACCACAGCGCUGAGCAUGGCUACGUGGAUGUGACCAUUGACAUACGGAGCAUAGGUGUUCCCUGGACACUGCACACGUGGCUGGAGUCCUUGCGCACGUCCUUCCAGCAGCACAGACGACCCCUCAUCCAGUGCUUGCUAAAGGAAUUCAAGUCCAUUCAGGAAGAAGAGUACACAGAGGAGCUCAUCACACAAGGGUUGCCUCUGAUGUUUGAGAUACUGAAAGCCAGCAAGAACGAAGUGAUCAGCCAGCAGCUCUCUGUCAUUUUCACUCAUUGCUAUGGACCGUACCCUAUUCCAAAACUCGUUGAAAUUAAGCGCAAGCAGACCUCUCGCCUAGAUCCCCAUUUUCUUAACAACAAAGAGAUGUCAGAUGUUACAUUUCUGGUGGAAGGAAGACCAUUUUAUGCACACAGAGUAUUGCUAUUUACUGCAUCACCAAGGUUUAAAGCAUUGCUGUCUAGCAAGCCCUCAUCUGAUAGUACUUGUAUUGAGAUCAACUACGUGAAGUACCCCAUCUUUCAGCUGGUUAUGCAGUAUCUUUAUUAUGGAGGUGCAGAGUCACUCCUGAUUAAAAAUAAUGAAAUUAUGGAGCUUCUGUCUGCUGCUAAAUUUUUCCAGCUUGAAGCUUUACAACGACACUGUGAGAUCAUUUGUGCAAAAAGCAUUAAUACAGAAAACUGCGUGGAUAUUUAUAAUCACGCCAAGUUUCUCGGAGUCACAGAACUAUCUUCCUAUUGUGAAGGCUACUUUCUAAAAAAUAUGAUGGUCCUCAUUGAAAACGAAGCUUUCAAACAGCUGCUGUAUGACAAGAACGGAGAAACAUCUGGUCAAAAUGUACUACAGGACUUACAGAGGACGUUGGCCACAAGGAUUCAGUCGAUUCAUUUGUCUUCUUCAAAGGGCUCCAUUGUGUAAAGCUGAGGAAGACAGUAACCCUCUAAUAAAGACCCCGCAAGUUAAGUCUGCUGUUGCAGUUGCUUAAACCCGUUGCAGUUGCUUAAAUGACUACAAAAAAAAAAAAAAAAUUUCUACUUCGCAUCCAAAUAGUUCUGUGUUGGCCAAAGGUGCUGUGCUGGGGCUGCGGCCUCGUUUGGAUGAGGUAAUACAGAAAACAAAGCUCCUCCACGUUUUUGGGCAAACGGGGUAAAAGAGUAUCCAGUGAAUCGCUGUUGUACUCAAAUUCUGAACACACAUACACACACACAUGGUUGUGGAGCUUGAUGCCAACAAAAGCCAGAACUCACAUCAGUGAACAGCAGAAGCCCCUGCCUGAGCGGUGGUGCCAGGGAACACCCGAAUUGACCGAUUAAUCAUUUAAGGUGGAUUUGUUCCAGUGUUACACAUUUAAGAACUAUAUCUAUCCCGAAGUCCAUUAUCUCAUGCAUUUAAGAAAUGUAAGAACUGUUACUGCUGUCAAGCAAAGAUCAACUGUAUUAGAGAGUGGGUAAGACUGUUAACAGCUGAGGAAAUAUACUGGCAGAUUUUUAGGGGUGGGAACUUUUUAAAUUGUUCAUAAAAAAUAAUGGGGUGGCCUUGUAGUUUAAAAACUAUUUCUUAAGCUUAAAACUUCAUUUUCAACAGAGCUGUGUUUGAGAAUCUAUGUAACAUGUUUUGGUUUUAUAAAUGGUAAAAUGUACAUUGUGUAAACAUACAUAUGAUCAAGUUUUGCUUGUAUUCUUUCCUGAGGUGGUAUAAUCUUGCCUAACAGGCUAUGGUUACACCAAAGAGGUACAUUACCCAGACUAUCUCUAAUACAGUAGUUGGGGGAGCAGGAGAAAUGCAUGCUACUCGUGAUUUGGAGUUAAAAACAAUGAAAAACUCAACAUGCAUUUGCAUGGUAACUGUACCUGUGAAAUGUUACGUUCGUGCUUUGUUUUGCCGAGACAAAUGCAAUGUUACUUCUUGUCAAACUUCAUUUGUGAAAUUAGCAUAUUUUUUUAUUUGGUGCGAUUGGUUGUGAUAUGAUACCCCAGAGACCCUUCUUAAGAUGCUGAUUUCUGUUUGUUACAGUGAAGGGAUAAUAACAGAUCUUUACUUCAGUAAUGUGUCAAUACUUUGCCAGAGAUUGUGUCCGAGUUAGACUUUUUUAAAUUAUAAUUAAAUAUGUACUAUAGA